AUGCGCUCUCUCCCAAACAUCAUCAUAACCGGCACUCCCGGCGUCGGCAAGACCUCCACUGCCACGCAACUCCUCGGCCUGGCCUCGUCCUCUAGUCCCGCCAUCAACCUGAAACAUCUCUCAAUCAAUGACCUCGUGAAAUCCCGCGAAUGCCAUACAGGCUUCGACGAAGAUCUACAGACCCUCGUUGUGGAUGAGGACAAGUUGAUGGACGAGGUCGAGAAAGAGAUUGACGACGGCGAAGGCCCGGGCGGGUGGGUGAUCGAUUGGCACUCGACCGCGGGCUUCGCGGUACGAUGGGUGGAUCUCGUUGUGGUGUUGAGGUGUGAAGAGACGGAUGUGCUCUUUGACAGGCUGACCGCCAGAGGAUACAAGGAUGACAAGGUGCAGGAGAAUAUGGACGCCGAGAUUUUUGGAGUGGUCAGUGAAGAGGCGAAGGAGGGGUGGGUGGACGAAGGGCAGGUCGUGGAGUUGAAGAGUGUCCACGCUGAAGAUAUCGAAGACAACGCAGAGCGGAUCCUACAGUGGGUGAAGAAUUGGGUCAAAGAUCAUGCGUCAGGACAAGAGGAUUGA